AUGUCCAACUUUCCGCACUCGACGCUCGCAACGAGCCUCUCCACCUCGCCGUACGCUCUCACAAAUAACCUCGAGGCCCUCAUCCAGCGUUCUCGGGCGCACCCACAUGCCCAGUCCCACCGCCCACGGUCGCCCACCGGCGACGACAUUGACGGCGAUGGCCGUCGCGCCUCGCAACCCGACUCUCUCCACCCGCACAGGAGGUUGAGCACUAUUAGCACCAGCACGGCAGUCACCACUUCUGUCGCCCCGGACGACUCGGGGGUCCUCUUGUUCCAGCAGGACAGCGUCGAGGAUCUGGCACAGCGUGCGCGCGACGACGAGCGCGGCCGCCCCAUCGACGGCGAUGGGCCCGGCAGUCGCUGGCGUCCAGCGCUUUCUGGGAGCUAUGGCGCCGUCGAGGACAGCAAGCCCCUGGUUGGCGGUAUUCCCAGCGGUGGGCAGCCCAUCGUCGCACGGAACGCUACCGAGGGUAACAGUCGGUCACGGAGUAAGGGCCGUACGCCACCGAGGACCGUCAUGAGGCCCAUGACCCUCGCGCACCGGAACGCAGCGGCCGCCGCUGGUGCCAGCCUCGGCGCGCUUCCUUCUGUCGAAGACAUGGCGGCCUCGCUCGUGUCCUCGAUGGACGACGAAGAAGGCCACCCGGGCCGCUCGCCUUAUGGAUCGAUGGCACGCCGUGGUCGGUCGGCAGAGGCCCGUCCCAUCUCGCCCGUGGCCGUGUUCCGAACUCUGCCCACGUUCGACGACGAGGCAGACGACGAGGAGGCAGAGUAUGCGCGCGCGUCUGCUUUCCAUGGCGGCCUGAUUCCUGGUGCUGGUGUCACCGGCGAGAUCCUAUCGUGUGACCCCGCGCAGGAGCUGGAUGCCGCCGACCUCAACCUCCCUACCGAUGCCACUGGUCACGAGGUCCAUUCGGCGCGCGGUGCGCUCACCGUCGAGCUUCCUCUGCUUGUCAAGUCGACAAUCCCGGUCUUCUUCACCCAACUCGCCGAGUACUCGCUCUCCCUCGCGAGUGUCAUCUCCAUCGGCCACCUCGGAACCGGAGAGCUCGCUGCCUCGUCGCUCGCGAACAUGACUGCGUCAGUCACCUGUUUCUCCAUCAUGCAGGGCCUCGCCACUGCCCUCGACACCCUUCUCCCUGCCGCAUGGACAUCGUCGGACCCCACGCGCGUCGGCCUGUGGACCCAGCGUAUGAGCGUCGUCAUGGCCGUCGCCAUGAUCCCGAUGUUUGUGCUGUGGUUCAACAUUGAGCCUGUGCUUCUCUUCCUCCACCAGGACCCCACCGUCGCCUCGCUCGCUCACCAGUACCUCACGUACUUGUCGAUCGGUAUCCCCGGAUACGCAGGCAACGUGGUUCUCAAAAAGUACCUCCAGUCGCAAAACAACAUGCGCGUCCCCACCUAUAUCCUCUUUGUUGUCGCCCCCCUCAACCUCGUCCUCAACUACCUGCUCGUCUGGGGUCCCGACUCGAUCCGUCUGGGCUUCAAGGGCGGUGCCAUCGCCACUGCCAUCAGCUACAACCUGACUUGCAUCAUGCUGCUCGUCUACAUCCUCUUCAUUGGACCCCGUGAGGCCUUCCACCCGCUCACCGUCCACGGCACCUUCUCCAAGCUCGGCACUGUCACCUCGCUGGGUCUCGCCGGCACCAUCAUGCUGUCGUCCGAAUGGUGGGCAUGGGAAGUGUGCGCUCUCGCUGCCUCUCUCCUCGGCCCCACCACCCUGGCCGCCCAGUCUGUCCUCCUCUCGACCUGUUCGACGCUGUACCAGUUCCCUGCCGCCCUCGGUGUCGCCGCGUCGGUGCGUGUGGGCAACCUCCUCGGCGCCGGUCGCGCCUGGGAAGCGAUGUGGGCGUCGCGCGCGAGCUUUAUCCUCGCGUUCCUGUUUGCGCUCCUCAACAGCACGGUCGUCAUGCUGUUCCGCAAGAACUGGGGAUACAUGUUCAACGAGGACCCCGAGGUUGUCGGCCUCGUCGCCGCGGUCAUGCCCUUCAUCGCCCUCUUCCAGGUCAUGGACGGUAUGGCCGGUGCGGCCAACGCCGUCCUCCGUGCCCUUGCCCUGCACUCGAGCGGAGCGAUUGUCAACAUGACGGCAUACUACAUUAUCGGCAUUCCUCUUGGCCUGUGGCUCACCUUCUCCCCUCGCGUCAACCUCGGCCUGGUGGGUAUCUGGAUCGGCCUGACCGUCGCGCUGUCGUAUGCGUCAGUUGUCGGUGUCGGCAUCGUCUGGCGCGCCGACUGGGCGCGUGCCGUUGAGCGUGUCCGUGAGCGCCUUGGCCUCAGUCAGCUCCCUCGCGACAUCCAGUUCGCCGACGAGCCCGAGCCCGAGCCGCUCUCGCGUGUCAACAGCAAGAACGGCAAUGCGUCGGAGAGGACACCGCUCCUUGUCUGA